AAGAUAUUUUGCACUACGGGUCCCGGAACUAUUCGUUAGGCUUGUGGUGACGCUGCAUUCGGCGACAUGGCGCAAACUAGGUUACUUUGUUUGGUGCUCCUUGCGCUGGCGGUCGGGGCUCAAGCCCUAACCCCGUCUCAUCACCUAACAGCGUCUGAUGUGGCACGACUGGAAGCCCGGCUGGCCCAGCCCUUCACAGACCUGCAGUCUGCAUACUUCUCCAUUGUUGGCCUGAGCAAGUUGGGAGUGACUGUAGCGGAUGCAGAUGAAGCAUGCCGAUUCCUGAAGUCAAAUCUGGAUCCAUCAAAUAUUGAGUCUUUAUUCUAUGCUGCUGAGUCUGGUCAAGCACUUGCAGGAUGUGAGAUCCCAGUGUCAAAUGAGACCCGGGACCUCCUGCUGGCCGCAGUGAGUGAGGACUCCAGCGUGGCUCAGAUCUAUCAGGCAGUGGGCGCCCUCAACUCCCUGGGACUCCCUCUAGCCUCCCAGGAAGUGGUCAGUGCUCUCUCCGCCCGCAUCACCAAAGAGGACAAUGUACUUGGAAUCAUCUAUGCCCUCCACACAGCUGCUCGUCUCUCUCAGCAGGCAGAACUGGGUGGGAUCCUGGAGGAGAUUGAGGACCUGGCAGCUCGUCUGGAUGACCUUGGUGGACUUUUCCUUCAAUUUGAAGAAGGCCUGGAGGCCACUGCCUUGUUUGUCAGUGCCGCCUAUGGUCUGUCCGACCAUAUGGAUAUGGAGCCCCCACUUAAAGAGGACCAGGUCAUCCAGCUGGUGAACUCCAUCUUCAGUAAGAAGUCCUGGGACUCUCUGGCGGAGGCCUUCAGCGUGGCCAGUGCAGCUGCUGCCCUCUCCAGCAACCGCUUCCAUGUGCCCGUGAUCGUCAGUGCCCAGGGCCCCGCCUCUGUGUCCCACAGCCAGCCCACCCUGCAGCUCCAGGUGACCGAUGUGCUUUGCCAGCCCCUGGUGUCUGCCAAUGUGGUGGUGGAGAGUGCAAGCGAUGUGGCUUCAAAGAGAGUCAUCCUGAGCCAGACCCCCUUCACUCUACGAGAUGGUGUCUUUGAGCUGAAUUUCAUGGACAGCCAACCGGCCAGCGGCUACUACCAGUUUGCUGUUGCCGUCACUGGAGACAGCAGGCUUAUUGCAAACCAUGUUGAGCUCAAAGUGAAGGUGUCUACAGAGGUAGCCAUCACUAAUAUGGACCUCUCUGUGGUAGACAAGGACCAGAGUAUUGGAACCAAGACCACAAGAGUGGACCAUCCCAGCAAGGCGAAGAACUCCUUCAUGGCUGACAGCCACCAGAACUUUGCCAUGUCCUUCCAGCUAGUGGAUGUCAAUACAGGGGUUGAACUCACCCCCCAUCAGGUGUUUGUGAGGCUGCACAACCAGAAGACUGGACAGGAGGUGGUGUUUGUGGCCGAGCCAGACACAAAGAAUGUGUACAAGUUUGAACUGGACACAGCCGAGAGGAAGUCUGAGUUUGACUCCAUGUCAGGCACCUACGCCCUCUACCUGAUGAUAGGAGACGCCACCCUGCAGAACCCCAUCCUCUGGAAUGUGGCUGAUGUCGUACUGAAGUUCCUGGACGAGGAGGCCCCUUCAGCUGUCCAGGCUAAAACCCUCUAUGUCCCUAAGCCUGAGAUCAAGCACUUGUUCCGUGAGCCAGAGAAGAGGCCCCCCAAUGUGGUGUCCACCACCUUCACUGCUCUUGUGCUCUCGCCAUUCCUGUUACUGCUCAUUCUGUGGUUCAAGCUGGGAGCCAACAUUGCCAACCUCAGUCUCUCUCCCAGCACUGUGCUCUUCCAUGUUGGCCAUGCAGCCAUGCUUGGUCUCAUGUACGUAUACUGGACUCACCUCAACAUGUUCCAGACCCUUAAAUAUCUGGCCAUCGUCGGCAGUCUCACAUUCCUGGCUGGAAACCGCAUGCUGGCUCAAAAAGCAGUCAAAAGGAUUGCCGCUGAACAAAGUAGUAGGUUGGCAAAGUAUAGGAGCCUGCGGUAAAAACACUCUGAGAUAGUAUCAAAGCCCAGUCUUCCAGGCUGAAACUUGAGGGGAAAUAAUGACAAGACAUUUCUACAGAAGACAAGAAUCCUUCAGUUUGUCAGUGGUUUUAUUUAAAUCUCAUUCAAACAGAAGCCCUUUACACUCAGUAGGCUGAAUCAAGACCUCAAGAUGUUUGUGAAGUUCUUGCCUCCGUCUUUGGUUGAGUGUAAACUAUUUGGGCCCAUCAUUUUCAGUUUGGUCCAGUCAUACAGAAAAAAAAAUGCAGUUUAUAAUUUUCCCAUUUUCUAGUAACUGAAUGCACUGUACAAUGAGAAAUGUGAGUUUCUUGACAAAUGCUUGUGAAUAGACAUGGUUUGGCCAUAAUGUUUCCACUAAAGCCUGUAAUAUAAUGUCAGUGUAUGAGUACAUUGUUGAAUUGAAUUCUGUUUUUUAUUGUUUUUCACAUUGGGGAUGGAAAUAUUGAUCUUUAAAAAAACAUUUGAACAGGUGUCAGGUUGUUAAAUAUGUUUUUGAAUGUUUUGGACAAGACUUUGUCUGUAAUGGAUGUCAUGUUAUUUUUGGGUGUGUUCAUGUGUCAAUCUGCUGAAUCAGUGGAUUGAUAUUUUUUCCAAUUCUAGAAUGAAGUCUUUGUAUGCUCACUAUAUCCGUUACAAACAGAUAGGAGCCAAAACACUCUAAAUCAGGAGAGAUUAAUCUUGUCCACACACCUCCCUACCACAUGCAACACUCAACAAUGGCAGACAAUGUUUUGUAAUUAAAACAAAAUAAAAGGAUGGGGUGGAACA